CCAUCAAAUUAGGAAUGGAAUAUAAAAAGGUUAUUUUUAUUCCAGCAGAGCUAUUACUUAACAUUACAUGUUGGUAACCCAAGUAUGUAAUUUGUAAACGGAACUAAAUUUAAUCAUGUAUUUUUUAUUAAUUAUUAACAAAACGCAAAUAUACUUUAUGGCAACAAUCUCUUCCUCCAACUGGUAAUUUUGUACCUAAUGGGAUUGUCUCCUAAAAUCUGAAACGCCUCAUUCUUGUGACACACAGGGUUGGGUGACAGUGGCAUGCCCUUGGAUUACGCAAUCCAUGCCACAUCAUAAAUGUUCUAAUUAGAUUGUGCCCUUCAAAAAAAAUUGUCUUUACCAACUGCACCUCCUUGUGAGAUGUCACUAAGGAUAAGGAAGUCUGCUUAACCAGUCGGAUGAGAUACGUAGGGUGAAACUAAAACUUGAUAGAUCGUAUAACCAGCUAUUCUAGAGACCUUCAACUGAUCUCAGGUGGUCUCUGAAGGAACAGGUGACUGGUGAAAACUUGACAAACGGGAAUCUCACCAAAACUGACAAGGCAAUCCAAUCAAGGGUGUCAGGUGACAAAAAAAAGUCACCUUUAGAGCUAAAAAGGACUACUCUCAUUUAAAAAGAUGUCUAUAAUGAAGGAGCGUAAACCCAAGAAACCUCAUUACAUUCCAAGACCACCAGGUAAACCAUUUAAAUACAAGUGCUUCCAGUGCCCAUUUACCUGCAACGAGAAAUCUCAUCUGUUCAACCACAUGAAGUACGGACUUUGCAAAAAUUCUAUCACGCUAGUAACAGAGCAAGACCGGGCCGUGAAGAGUCCUAAAACAUGCUUACUAGAGGGAAAGCAAGCGAACUCUGAAGGGUUUAUCAAACCUAAUCCUGCUGCCAACAAUGGACUUACAGUCUUGGACUCCAAGGCUCAACAUGAUAUAACCAGAGAUGAGCUUAAAGAAAACGUAGAAUUUAAAAACAAAGAGGCAACAGCACAUGUUGAAAAGCCUCCAACCCAUAGGGAUGGUUCCCUCCCUUCACCAACUGGGCACAGCACCGUCAACAAACCACCAGUGACUGAUGGCGUUUUAAGGCCUUCCGCUUUCAUUCCAGUUGGAGAGCACAGAUAUUUGAAGGCCAGCGAAGGCAGCCACAUACAAGAAAUGAUUCCAAAUGCCGAUUCCAUCAAGGGAGUUCAUAUAACAAGAUCGGCUUUUCAGAGCAUUCCAACUACAUGGAAAUCAGGAAUUGUCCCACCAGACGUUAACCAGAAGACAACAAUUCCCCGGUACAUCCGUCCAAUGGUACCAGAUUAUACUGCUCCGUUUUAUUCCGAGUCGGCUGUGCCUACUUUGUACCCUCCAUAUGUGUUUACAGGGAACCCUGCAGACUGUGACAAUCCCAUGCUCUCUGUCUACUCUGCACCAGAACAAAGACUCUUCCGUCCCCAACCCAUUCAAACCUCAGGACUUUCUAUGCCAAAGCCAUUAAACCCAUCUUUUGAUUACAGAUAUUUCCAGCAUAACCCAUCAAUACCAUAUGGUUAUUACCGCCCUUCAGAACAUUCCCUAUUACCAUAUGCUUGGAGGCUGCCACAUGUGCCAAGCAUGCCCAAAGAACACACCCCUCAUAUGAUAGACUCUCAACCUUUCCCAUACCAAAGCCUGAACCCGCUACGUUUCUAUCCUGUGGACUCCAAUCAUACACAAACUGAAAGUCAAAAAGACACAACGUUGAGCCAAGCUAAGGCUACAGAUCAAAAAAAUGAAGAUGAAAUCUUAAAAAUGAGCCCUAGAGCUGGCAGUGCUGCCACCGGAUCCCCUGGCAGACCAAGCCCCACCAACUUCACGCAGAACAGUCACGUCAUUGAGGGCAUCUUUGAUCUUUCCAGCAAAUCUACCUCAACAGUAGGAACAAGUGACAGCUCAGAAGAGACCCCCACUGCUUUUAAGCCAGUGAGAAAAAGCACAGACUCCAACACAUCACUGAUCAGAGGAGACUCUCCAUGCACUGGGAGUGAAGUCGCCUUAUCCAACGCAAGUAGUUACUCAGAUGACUCCGCGUCGGGCUGCGACGACGACUCACGAUUUGCUCCUCUCAACCUUUCCAAAAAGCCUGAAAUAGAAAAGAGUUCUGCACCUGAACCCAUGGACCUCAUGGGGGAGCAGGACAUGCCCUUAAAUCUUUCCGUCAAAGACUCGAGCAAAAGGGACCGUUUAGUACCCAACAUUGAAGGGUCACCAUCUCCAACCUACAGCUCCUUCUCUUCAAGUUACCAACUCAUCAAGGACACAACCCAAGCUUUAAGCGAGCAGUCGCUGAUGGAGAACUGUGAUGAGCAAAAACAAUCCGCUGCAGUGGCCCUUUGUCAGCUAGCCUCAUACAGUCCAGGGCCAGCAGCCCAAGCCACCAUAGAGGACAGCUUGGAAAACCAGACUGCUGCAAGAGAAUCAGGAGUCAAUACUCCGGUUGUCCAAGAGGCGGAACACCAUGAUGUAAAAAGGGGACAGAAACGCGUAAACCCAAAAGAAACGGGAAAAGCGAAUGUUGUAAAUAAAAAAGCUAAAACCGCUGAUUCGGGUAGAGUGUUUACACUAAGGAGACGGCAACGAAUGCCUUAGACUAUAAUGUAUCACGUGUAAACACCAGACUUCUAUAAAAUAUGCAUCUUCUCCCUCCCAAAAAAAAAAGAUAAAGCUGCUUUUUUGUGAAUCUUCUGUUUGAACUCAAACUGGACAACCAACAUACUUCUUGUUCUCUUGUAUAGAUUAUUUGCCGACGACAGAAGACAAAUUGUAUAAAUUGAAAGCUAAUAUUUAGCAGAUUUUAUUAGGCGCAAGUAAGAGAAUUGUAUCGAUUGAAUGAGAUACAGAUUAAAGUCUUCAUUUAAUAUUUAUAUAGGUUAAUAUUUAUUUUUGUAUAAAAUGAGGCACUGCGGGUUGUGGGCUUUUGUGUCGUCUAAAAGCUUCUGACAGACGAAAAAUUUGGACAUUUUCUUCUGGGGCUAUAUAGUGUACAUUGCGAGGUUUCUGUGUAUCACCGCUGCUUGCUAUAUUUCAACACAAAACGAAAACGAUAAAAAACAAAAA